UUCCGUUGCCGUGUGGGGGCGCUGUAGCUGUCUCGUCGAAAGAUGCCUUCUGCGGAGGCGAAGCAGGAAAAUAUGGCGUCCAGCGACAGUGUCGAUCCAUUUCAAAAGGCUAUCACAUAUCUCAAGUUUAAAAUCAAGAACAUGGAUCAGAGGAAGAAAAACCUGGAGACCAUCAAGGAGAAGCUGGACGCGGGCAUGGAGAAGGAGCUGGAGCUGGCGCAGGUGAACGCCGCCUCCAAGCUGCCCGAGGUGUCCAGCAACAUCAGCUUCCUGGAGCAGACGCUGGCGCGGCUGCAGACGCACCAUGACGAGCACGUCAAGUUGGAUCGGGCGCGCAAGCAGCAGGCCAAGCAGGAGCGCUACCAGCUGGACCUGGAGCGGGUCCGACGCAUCCUGGUGAUACAGGACGCGCUGGGGAACGUCGACGACCGGGUGCGUGAGGACCUGCUUGCCGGCCGGCGCGGCGCGCCCCAGCUGACCGAGGCCGACCUCAAGCAGCUGGACACCAUCUUCAAGCUGGUGACGCCCAGCAGGGACGAGGCGGACGUGCCCAUCAAGGACCAGCUGGUGACGGCGGCCGAGCACCUGCUGCGUCUGGCCGACCGCUCGCAGAAGAAGGUGAUCGGCACCACGUACGAGAACCUCACCAAGCUGCUGGAGACCAUCUUCGAGAGCGGCGUGCUGUCGGAGGAGCCGGCGCCGGCCGAGAAUGGCUGCGACGGCGCCGAGCACGGCGCCGAGGAGCCGGCGCCGGCCGAGGAGGCGGCCGCCGAGCCGGAGCCGGCCGAGGCGGCGCCGGAGCCGCAGCAGGAGCAGCCGCCGGCCGAGGAGGAGCAGGAGCCGGCGGCGCUGCUCGUGCCGGGCCCGGCGCCGGGCUCUGCCGGCGACUCGCCGCCCUACCCUCAGGAAGUGCUGCUGGCGCCGGCCGCCAUGCACCCGGCGCCGGCCAUGGUGCCGAUGCCGAUGCCGGUGCCGGUGCCGGUGCCGCAGCAGCCCAGCAUCAACUUCCUGCAGGAGUCUGAGCUGCUGCGCGCCGACCCGUCCGUGCUGGACCCGGCCGUGGUGCGUUUCUCGCCGGCCGCGCCGGCCGACUACCCCGUCGCAGACGUUCACCGGCACCACGCCAUCCCGUCGCAGACGUUCACCAACACCAACUUCGCCGGUCUACCGCCGGCCGCCGCCCUCUCCGAGUACGUGGCGGCCGGCGGCGUGUACGCGGCCGGCGGCGGCGUGGUCGACACCACGCCCAACCCGCCGCCGCCCAUCCCGCUGCCCAACCACGAGCCGGGCGACACCGAGAUCGGCCAGUGGAACGGCGGCGGCGGCGGCAAGAGCUGGGACAACGGCGGCAAGGCGGACACGUGGGAGAACGGCGGCGACAACCACUGGAACGGCACGGACGUCUGCGCUCUGGUACCGUUCUGA